AUGGCGUCUCAUUACCCUACUCUCCCAGAGAAGCUCCUUCUUAUCUCUCUGAAGAUGUACUUCACCCCAGACCGCACGAUCACAUAUCUCCGCGACCUCCUCAACCCAACCAAUGAGAUCGUCCACCCCGCAAACCGAGACAAACUCCUCCUAGCUCUAAUCCCAGACUUUCUAACCAUCUGGCCCUGCGCCCAAAUCCUCAAAGACUACGAAACUAACCUGGCCAACACCGGAACCCCCCUAUCCCCACCCCCCUUCCUGCUCGGCGCGCAAGACUGCUUCUGGGAAUCCCAUGGCGCAUACACAGGUGAAGUCUCGCCGGCGUCGAUCCGCGCCCUGGGCUGCACAAUUGUCGAACUAGGCCACGCCGAGCGCCGUGCCAUCUGCAAUGAAACAGAUUCCCAAACUGCCCACAAGGCAGCCGCAACAUGCGCCCAGUCGAUGGUUCCGCUCGUCUGUGUCGGCGAGGUGACCACUCCCGGCCCCAUCGCCUCCCAGGCUGUCGGCCAGGCUGUGACGGAGUGUGCGGUGCUGGUGCGUGCAGUGCUGGAUGCUAUCCCGGAUGACGCGCCUGUGAUUUUUGCUUACGAGCCUGUUUGGGCUAUUGGGCAGCCGAAGCCUGCGGGGGUUGCGCACGUUGCAGCUGUUGUGCAGGGCAUCCGGGCUGUGAUUGGUGUCCGGCCGGGUACGGUGCGUGUCUUAUAUGGGGGUAGUGCGGGGCCUGGUCUUUGGGGGGUUGGUGGGCUUGGUCGUGUAGUUGAUGGGAUGUUUCUAGGCAGGUUCGCUCACGAAAUUGAUGGUGUGCGAGAGGUUGUUCGUGAAGUGGAGGAGACGCUGGCUCUGGUGUGA